AUGCACACCAUUGUGAACGGGGAGUUGUAUGACCACGAACGGCAUCGUGCAGAACUGUCUGAUCGAUAUGAUUUCAAUGGGCAGACUGAUUGUGAGAUUGCCGUUGCCUUGUAUAAGAGAUACGGACUGUCCUGUCUUUCGCGACACCCUGCGACAGAAACGAAACAGUUUCUUGCCUUUGGUUUGCAGCCCAAGUGGGAUGUGGCUCGGCUGAGAGAUCAAAGGUGGUUAUACGGAGCAUAUACUUAUCUGAAGGGUGUUCGAACAAUUAUGCCUGGUCAAUAUCACCUGAGCAAGAAUUUUGGAUCUCUGGGACAUUACAUGUACUGGGAUAUGGAUUUCCCAGACAAGGCUGUACAGGCUGUCAAGCUUCGCCUUGGACCUGAUGUCCUUGUAGGCGUCCAUCUACGUGGCGGGAUAGACUCUUGGGCGAUCGCAGGAAUCGCCGCUCAGCUGGUCACUGAACAGGGCGGGAAACUGGGCAACGAUACCACGAAGGAACUCUCUCGAGUGAAGUGCUUUACCGGGGAUUUUGACAAGGAAAGUGAAGUGGAUGAAUCUGGAGUCUAUGGCUCAUCGCUUCGAGGAAAGCCGCCUGACACGAUGAAUCCCCGCUUCCCGAUGUUAAAUGGCACGGGUAAACUGGCCAUGGCAGAUAUGGCCUCAAAACGGGCCAUUACGGGAGACGGUCCGGACGAGCACUUUGCCAGCUGCCAGCUCCUUGUGCUAUCUCCGGGAAUCAGAACCUUGUUUAGGGGCGCCUCCCUCAGAAGAGGAGAGGAUACGGGGUAG